AUGUCGACAAAAGACUUUACCGACAAUUCUUCUGCAACUAUGUCUUACAAGAGUUCUUUCUCCUACAAAAACGAUAACAUAAAUAUCAUCUACGUCACCAAUAACGUCGAAAUAAGAAUUGAAAAAAUUACCAGUGAUGUUGCAAGGGUGUAUUUCGUAAGCCAAGGCCGUGAAAUUCAAGUUCUAGCCAAUACUAUUCUUAGGAAUAUAAACAACAAUCAAAAUGAACCAAUUUUUCGUAACAGUUUUUAUAUUACUUGGGUUCCUGACUAUAUUUUGUUUCAUGAUGGUGUCGAAGUUUUUCAAUUAGAAAAUCAAAAGCUACAAGCAAUAAAGGGUGCAAUAGAUCUUGAGACAGAUGUGAUCCAGCAAUGA